CUCCCGGUCUCUGGAUGUCAAGGAAUCAUCUUUGGAAGCCAAGAAUGUAGGGAUGGAAGCCAAAGACCUGGCUGCAGAUGGCAAAGAUACAGAGUUGGAUGUGAUGUCUGAUAGAAGGAACAUGAACAUAAACCAGGAUACCAAGCCUGUUGAGCGGGAUGCAAAGGAUACACAUUGGGAUAGCAGAAUGACAUCUAUAACGGCUGUUGCUACACAACUGGACGUUAAGACUGCAAAUUAUGAGGCCAAAGAGGAUGCAACUAAGAAUAUUGCUGGGUCAGAGGUCACAGCUACAGAUCACAGGCAAGCCAGCCCAGAGGUCAAGGGUAUGAUGUCCAGUUCUAGGAAGGAGGGCCAGGAUGCCCAGCCAACCACGCUAAAUGCUAAAGAUGCCGAGCAGCAUGGCAAAAUGGCAGCUCUUGAUGCCAAGGCGGAGGGCAUCAAAGUAGAACAGGGAGACAAGGAAGGCGAUGGGGACAUCAUUUCUCUCGACUGUGAAAUUCUUGGAUUUGGUCCUGAUAUUGAUUUCCUGGGGCUAGAUGCUGAGAUCUAUAUGCACUUCAUGCGGAGCCACCGCUGUUACGAUGCCAUCCCCACCAGCUCCAAACUGGUAGUGUUUGAAACCACCCUACAGAUUAAGAAGGCCUUCUUUGCCAUGGUGGCCAAUGGGGUCAGAGCUGCUCCUCUCUGGGACAGCAAGCAACAGUGCUUUGUGGGUAUGCUGACGAUCACUGACUUCAUUAACAUCCUACAUCGCUACUAUCGAUCACCUCUGGUUCAGAUUUAUGAAAUUGAGGAACACAAAAUUGAAACGUGGAGAGAGGUAUAUCUUCAAGGUUCCUUCAAACCUUUGGUCUGCAUCUCCCCAAAUGAUAGCCUCUUUGAUGCCAUUUAUUCCUUGAUAAAGAACAAGAUCCACCGGCUGCCUGUUAUUGAGCCCAUCUCAGGGAAUGUCCUCUAUAUCCUGACACACAAGCGUAUCCUCAAAUUCCUGCAUAUUUUUGGAGCCUUGAUUCCAAAGCCAAGGUUUUUGCAGAAGACCAUCCAGGAGCUGGGCAUUGGCACCUUCCGUGAUGUUGCCAUGGUGCUGGAGUCAGCUCCUGUCUACACGGCCCUGGAGAUCUUUGUGGACCGCAGGGUCUCAGCAUUGCCGGUCAUUAAUGAAGCAGGGAGCGUAGUUGGCCUGUACUCCCGCUUUGAUGUGAUUCACUUGGCUGCCCAGAAGUCCUACAACAACCUGGACAUUAGUGUGGGAGAAGCCUUGAAGCAGCGCUCAGUCUGCCUCGAGGGGGUACUUACUUGCUACCCUUAUGAGACGAUAGAAGACAUCAUUGAUCGCAUCGCCAAAGAACAGGUCCAUCGUCUGGUUCUAGUGGAUGAGAAGAACACUCCACGGGGGAUUGUGUCCCUCUCUGACAUUCUCCAGGCCCUGGUGCUCACACCUGCAGGUAUCGAUGCCCUAAACUCUUAAGCUGCUCGACGCUCCAUCCUUCCUUCAUUUGUACCCUCCAUUUCUUCCGCUUCUCUCCAGCUCAGGCAUUGACCGCCAUUCCCUCUGAGGCAGAUGUGGAAGACUACUUGCUGUCUAGCACCCUGGGUUACUACCACUGCAUCUAUGACAAUUGGGAAUAAGGGACCUCCCACUUCUGGAAUGGAAGGCAUGUCUUUCUACCAGGCCAGGAUGGUGCUGUAUACCUGCUU